GGAAGGACAUUUGUGAACGGGUGCACCGUGCAGUGUGUUGAUGCGAUUAAGUCCAAACACGCGAUUUAGGCGCGAUGCGGCCGCGACUUGUUGCUAUGCACCGCGACGUCCGUUUGGCUCCGCACGUACUCAACACACAAUAUACUCACGGUGUUCCAACGCGUACGUUCGUGCAGAAUAUCUGCUCGACCAACCUGCACGGCCGUAGUAAAACCAAAGUGCAGUGCAUUUUUAAAAGGGAACGCCCCGGGACCGUUGUCCGGGCUUUUCGUUAUUUUAAAUAUUCAGUGGUGUGCAGUGUGUCCGAGGUUCAACUCCCGCGUGACGCCGUCCUAACGAUGCCGCUAUGCAAGCUAGAAGACCGGGAUGAUGCGAUCAAUAAAGACAAUUGGAAACGGAAGAACACUUACAAAGCAGCACUCAGAGAAGCAAAUGUGUUCGCCUUUGGAAUCUAAAGGUAA